CGCACGUGAUCGGGUCGCACUUAGUGCGACUUGGCAUCGCUCGCGUUAAAAAACUUUUGGGGGUGUGUGGGGUCAGUCGGGGCGGCCAUCGACGAGCAUGGACGACGAGAUCUGGUCGCGGACGCUGGAGCACAUCCCAGGCGUCGCGGGCUUGAACAAGAGCGAGGUGCGGAAGGACGUCAAGGAGGUCGAGCAUCUCCUCGACGAGAUCCGUAGCUCGAACGACGCGUGGAAGGACAUGUCGAAGCAGCCCGAGAUCGAUCCGGCGGCGCCCGAUGAGGCCGAGGAUGCGGGCUCGUUGCAGCGACGCCGGCAGCAGCACCUCGCCAACCUGUAUUUAAACAAAGCCAUGCCGACGAAGAAGCGCAGCCGGGGUCGCGAAGUCAUGAGCGCCGAAGAGAUCAUCGAGACGCUGCCGAUCUGCCGGCGGGCCGUGCGCCUCACGCAAGCCGAGCUCAUGGCGCUCAAGCGCGAGCGUCUCGAGCUCGAAGACAACUACCUUCGCCUGCGCACGACCUUUAUCCACGAGAUCGAGCUCAUGAUGAAGGAGGAGAAGGACCAAGAGCGCGUCAUGCUGCGGAUCCGAAAGAAGACGACGCAAGCAGCUUCGCGCUUGCUCUCGUCCAAGCGUCGCAACACGGCGAUGCAAGAUAUCUUGACCGAGCUCGACGCACGGGGCGAGGAGCUUUUCAAGCUCCAGCACGAAGUGAGUCGCCUUCGCGCGGUGCUGCGACACCACAAACUCGACGUGGCCAAGACAACGGGGUCGGCGCUCGCGGUCGGCGACCUCGUCCAGUGCACGGCGACCAACGAAGCGGGCGUCAUUGUAGCCAUCGACGAAGAUGCCAAGCACGUCACGGUCGACAUGCGGGAUGAGAAGCAAGUCGAGAUGGCGAUCGACGACGUCGAGCACGCGCACGCCGACGAGCUAUCGUUCACUCCGGACGAGGUCGCGCUCAAGGCCAAGUACUUUGAGAAGGCGAGCGAGUGGCUAAACGCUGAAGCCGCCCUCAAGGAGCUCGUCGAGAAGGGAACACUGGACGAAGACGAGGACAUUGACGACGACGAAGUCGACGACGGUGACGACGACGACGAGGCUGUGGACGGCGACGCCAAGUCGAGCAAGGUGGAGGCCAAGAUCAACAAGAUGGACGACGACGCCGACCCGCCCAAGAAGCGCGCCAAGACGUCGGCGACCACGGUGGCAACGACCAAGCGCAAGACACUGAUUCCGUUCAAGGGCUCGCGCUUGCCGGGUACGCCGUACGAGAUGCCACUGCUCAUUAGCCCCCUUGGGGAGCUGCCGGGCUUCACCGUGGCGGCGGCCCCCAACGGCGACGGUGCCAACAUGCAGUGGCUCGGCGCCAGCUUGCCCUCGGACCUUGUUGAAUGGGAGAACGACCGUCUCGAGAUGAUGAAGAUGAAAGGCGAGAUUGAGCGGCUCAAGUUUCAAUUGCGCCAGUCCGAAGUUCAGAAGAAGGACGCGCAGCACCAUGUGAGCGUCCAGCUCGAGUCCAUCAACAAACUCGUGUCGCAGUUGGAGAAGGAGCGCGAAGCCUCCAAGGACAAGUCGCAUAAGAAGAUCAACGGCAGCAAGAAGCGGGAGCGCCGCGACAGUUUGAGCGAGUCGGCGGGGCCGUCGUCGCCCAUCAAGUCUGGCAACGACGAGUCACCGACCGAAGCGCAGCCGUCGAGCAGCAGCACCAAGGAGGACAGCGACCAUGACGACGACAACGAGAACGAUACCAACAGCAGUGAGGUCGUACCGCGCCGGACAACGCGAUCCGGGAAGCUCACCAAGCCCGAGCCAGCUCCCGAGAAGGCAGCACCCAAGCGCGGCAAGAAGGACGACGCAGCCAAAGAAGAAAAGACCGUCGCGCGGCGGGCUUCAACACGAACCAACAACCCACGCGGCCCGAGUAACGGUGCCAAGGGCAAGGACGACGGCGAAGUCAACAGCAGCGGUGUUCGGCGAACCAGCAGUCGCGUGUAGGUCGCUCCGACCUCGUACUUGAAAAUUACAUAAAAACUUGCGUCCACUUGCGUCCA